AUCUGAAGAAACGAGAUCAGUUGAAUAUGUUGCAUGUGAAAGAACUUCUCACCUUAGGUCGAAAAUUGUUUGUUUUGUCGAUAAAACGAUAUGGGGAUGAGCAUUGUCAUGCAGCAGUAUAACCUGUUGCGUUCCUUGGCCAGUAAACAAUCGUUUCUCUUCCAUUUUCUUGCUCAGAGCAAUUGCCGAGCGCAACAGCAAUCACUCCAUUUUACUGAAUGUAGAAUGGCGGAUGAUAAGAGACAGAAACAAAUUCGUUUCUAUUCAGAUAAACAUAACCGUCGUCUCAUACAACAACAAAAUGAAGCUGAUGUAUACAGAAUUUUUGGUGCAUUAGAAAAUCUGCCACCAUCAUUUAUCCCUAUCCAAACGAUUAAUCCAAGUGGAAAUGAGAGAUUGAUUCAUACUAGUGAUCAAAUAUUGGAACAUAAUGAUAUACAUGAGGUAUUAAAUAAUGAAAACGAUGACUCUGACUGCAAUAGCAGUAUUCAUAGUUAUGAAUAUCCAAAUUUCAAUUCAAGUGACGAUAAUGAAACAGAAGCAUCAGAUAUAGAGUCGAUUGAGGAUGAAGCAGAGAAUGAUGAUGAAAUUAUGAUUAAUGAUAACUUCAUACAAGAUAUUGCUACAUGGAUGAGACAAUUCAAAACAUCACAAGAAGCCAAGGUUGAUUUAUUGAGAAUUUUAAAUUUACAUACUAAUGUAAAAUUUCCAAAGGAUCCACGAAAACUUCUCCAUACUCCUACAUCUACAGAUGUUAAAGAAAUGUGUCAAGGACAAUACUGGCAUAGUGGUUUAAGAAAUGCAAUAAUAAAUAUUUUGAAUAAAAGGCAAUAUUUACAAUUUACAUUUAGAUAAUAAAACAGUUAAUCUCUUCAUAAAUGUUGAUGG